UAUUAAUUAAACAGUAAUAUUUUAGUUUUUUUACCUAAAUUGUUAAAAUUCUGCAGUAAAAAUGAGUACUCUCAGCGAAAGAAUGAAGGCACUUGAAGCCGAAGAGUUUCUUCUCAAUCGCAACCCAAAUAGAACGAGUUUGUUUCCAAUUGUGUACCCAGAGUUCUGGGAGUGGUACAAGAAGGCCCAAGCGUCGUUUUGGACUGCAGAAGAAAUCGAUUUCUCAAUGGAUUACAACCACUGGCAUAGGCUAAAUAAAGAUGAACGCCACUUCAUUACAAACGUAUUGGCGUUUUUUGCAGCAAGCGACGGGAUUGUUUUGGAGAAUUUAGCCCUGAAGUUUCUGAGGGACGUGAAGAUUCCAGAGGCACAGAGCUUCUACUCAUUUCAAAUAGCAGUGGAAAACAUCCACUCAGAGACUUACAGUCUGUUGAUAGAAAACUACGUGAAGGACGAGGCUGAGAAGAGGAGACUGUUCAUGGCAAUUGAGACGAUUGACGCGGUAAAAGAUAAGGCAAACUGGGCAAAAAAGUGGAUCACAGAUGAAAACUCAUUUGCAGAAAGAAUUGUGGCGUAUGCAGCAGUGGAGGGAAUAUUGUUUAGUGGAAGUUUUUGUGCUCUUUUCUGGCUUAAGAAAAGAGGUCUGAUGCCAGGGUUGACAUUCAGUAACGAGUUGAUUGCGAGGGACGAAGGACUACACGCAGAUUUCGGAUGCUUCAUAUACCAUAACCUCAAGCAUAAAUUGCCAGAAGAAGCAGUUCAGCAAAUAAUUAAGGAGGCUGUUGUGGUAGAGAGGAGUUAUAUAUGUGACUCUCUACCCUGUGACUUGAUAGGAAUGAACUCACAAUUGAUGACGCAAUACAUUGAAUUCGUGGCUGAUAGACUCCUACAGGCUCUAGGAGUUAGACCGGUAUACAACGUUACAAACCCAUUCGACUGGAUGCAAUUGAUAUCAGUUCAGGGGAAAACAAACUUUUUCGAAAAACGAGUAGGAGAAUACCAAAAGGCUGGAAUCAUGGCGAAUCACCAUGAACAAAAGUUCUCAACGGAUUUGGAAUUUUAA